CAGUCAGACUGGCUUAAGAUCAUCUGAGACAAGAGUGUCCAAGUGAGAGGUGAGCAUUUCUAGUCAGUUUUCACGCUGCAGAAUGGAUAGGAAACACUGCUCAGUGAAGCUCUCAGCCCAUCCAUCUAGAGGACUCAUCGAUGAGAAGAUGGUGGUCCAGGUGAAGAAUGCCGAGCCCUUCUCCAAGCUCACUCUGUAUGCCGCUCAUUGUUGUGAAGGUGGAUAUAACUGGGAGUCCUUCGCUCACUACUCCUCUGACAUGACCGGACAAGUAAAUGUGUCAGAGGAUCCUAGCUUGGGUGGGACUUAUUUUGGCGUCGAACCUAUGGGUUUACUGUGGAGCCUCCAAGGGGUUAAAAGCAACAAACUGGGAGCCACGUUGAGGAAGCUGGAUCCUGAAAUCCCCAUGAAAGUGACAAUCUCGUUGUACUCUGGUUACCAAAGUGAAGGCUUUGAGGACUUGGUUCCGCUUGCCAGUGUGUUGGUUGAGCGAUGGAACAUUGCACCUGGUGUGCGCAUCAUCGAGAUCAAAGAGGAUGGUGUGAACGGAACCUUAUUCUUACCUCCAGGACCAGGACCUUUUCCUGGCAUCAUGGACCUGUGGGGAUAUGAAGUGGGCAUGAUCAAGUAUCGGGCAGCUCUGCUGGGCUCUCAUGGCUAUGCCGCGCUCGCUGUCAACUACAUCACUCCGGAUGUCACCAAAACAACAAGAGAGAUGGUGGAGGUGGACUUCUUUGAGAAAGCCUUCGGGAUCCUUCAGAGGCAUCCUCAAGUUCUCAGCAGCCGCGUUGGCAUUGUUGGUCUGUGCUUUGGCAACGUGAUCAUGUUUAAAGUGGCUGCUUACUCCAAUGUUGUCAAGCCCAGGUGCUUGGUGUGCGUUAAUGGAAUACACAUGAUACCACCUGACAAAACUUUGGGGGAAGCACGGUUGUACACAGCACAGGUUAUGAGGUCGUCUGUCAACCAAGAGACCAAAGAAAUUGUGAUGAGAGAUUCCCUGUUGCCCGUACCAACAGAUCCGAAGCUCAAAAUGGACCUGGGACGAGUGUCAUGCCCACUCCUGCUGGUUGCAGCUGAGGAUGACCUGGGUAUUCCAAGCAAGGAGGCAGCGGAAGAUAUUCAAGCGAUGAUGCAGAGAGCCGGGAAGGGAGAUCUAGUGAAGAUCCUGUCCUACCCAAAGGCAGGGCACAUCCUAUAUCCACCCUACAUGCCUCUUGGAAAUGUCACAGUUGUAAAGGGCACUGGUGUGCAGCUCUGGGGUGGAGAACCACACCCCCACAGCUGUGCUCAGGAAGAUUCCUGGAGGAAGACCCUGAUGUUCCUGCACAAACAUCUGUGUGAAGACGUCUCUGAGAACUGAAUUCAUUCUGGAUCAGAGAUGUAGCCAGAAUGAUGAGCACAUUUCGAUGCAUUCACAAGUCAUGCUUUAAAAAAAGUAAUGAGAAUUUGAGUCAAAUGGUGUAAGUGCUCUUGCUUUGGUUCAGACAGACUUGAUGUGUCUGACCAGUGUUUCACAUGUUUAUUUAUUUUAACUCCAAGCUGUGGUGGGCGGUGUUUGGUGAAAAACUGUAACAAACUAAACUUGCCAAAUAAUAUAACGUUUCUCCUCAUCCAUGUAGCGUAAAAAUGCAUAAUGCGGUGCAAAUUAAUAACAACACAAAACACCAUUUACAUUCAAGCUUUGCAGUCUCGAGCGCAUCUCAGUGGGGCUCCGACGUGACUUGAGGCGCUCCUUCAGGUGAUGCACAUACAUUACCCCAUGUAGCAACCGGCUCCAAAACCAGUACUUCUCACCAUGCAAUAAUGCAGCUCCCACAAAUACGUACACGCGCAAGUAAAUUACUCUACCAAUGAAAUCGCGACAGUUACAAUGUAUGUCAGUUAAGUUAAUUAAGGCUUGAGUUUUCAGAUGAAAAUAAUGAGGAAUCUAUUUAAAGCUGUUGCAAAAAAAGAGCCCUGGUACAUCUCACGAAAUAGUGUUAUGUAAUAAUGUAUCGAAUUAUAUUCAGUACGAAUA